AUGGCCCCGCGCGCGGGACAGCCGGAGCCAAGGGGGCCUCUGCUACAGGGGCUGCUGCUCGUGGCGGCGGCGCUGAGCCAGCCCGCCGCGCCCUGUCCCUUCCAGUGCUACUGCUUUGGCGGCCCCAAGCUGCUGUUGCGCUGCGCGUCGGGCGCAGAGCUCCGGCAGCCGCCGCGGGACGUGCCACCCGACGCGCGUAACCUCACCAUCGUGGGCGCCAACCUGACGGUGCUGCGCGCGGCCGCCUUCGCCGGCGGGGACGCGGAUGGGGAGGAGGAGGCGGCGGCGGAGGGCGGCGUGCGCCUGCCGUUACUGACCGCGCUGCGCCUCACGCACAACAACAUCGAGGUGGUGGAGGACGGUGCCUUCGACGGGCUGCCCAGCCUGGCGGCGCUCGACCUGAGCCACAACCCGCUGCGCGCCCUGGGCGUCGGCGCUUUCCGCGGGCUGCCGACGCUGCGCUCGCUGCAGCUCAACCACGCGCUGGCGCGGGGCGGCCCCGCGCUGCUGGCCGCGCUAAACGCCGCGCUUGUCCCGCUAGAGGAGCUGCGCCUCCUGGGCCUGGCGGGUAACGCGCUGAGCCACCUGCCGCCCAACGCGCUGCUCCGGCCGCGCCUCGAGCAGCUGGACGCGCGCCUCAACGCGCUGGCCGGUCUGGGCCCCGACGACCUGCGCGCGCUUGAACGCGAUGGCGGACUGCCCGCGCCGCGCCUGCUGCUUGCCGACAACCCCUUGCGCUGCGGCUGCGCCGCGCGCCCCCUGCUGGCCUGGCUGCGCAACGCCACGGAGCGCGUCCCCGACGCGCGGCGACUGCGAUGCGCCCACCCCCCGCAACUGCACAACCGGCCUUUCCUGGACCUGGACGAGGCGUGGCUGCACUGCGCUGACAGCAACGCCAAAGGUCCCGGGGAUGUAGAACUCACCGGCCCGGAGCUGGAAGCCUCCUAUGUGUUCUUCGGGCUGGUGCUGGCGCUCAUCGGCCUCAUCUUCUUAAUGGUGCUCUACCUAAACCGCCGCGGUAUCCAGCGCUGGAUGCGCAACUUGCGCGAGGCUUGCCGGGACCAGAUGGAGGGCUACCACUACCGCUACGAACAGGACGCCGACCCGCGCCGCGCGCCCGCUCCGGCCGCCCCUGCCAGCUCCCGCGCCACUUCCCCAAGCUCGGGCCUCUGAGCUUCGCCUGUUGGAGGUUGGGGAUGCCCCUGCCAGCUGGUGACUUUAUUAGGGCUA